AGAUCUGAAGAAGACACUACUUUGGAUCACAAAAUUCUUCUUGCCGUGGGUGGCAUCUUGUGCGGUGAAAUCCAAAUCUUGUCACCUCUUCUUUUUUUUUGUUUUGUAUCCAAGAAAGAUUCUUGUGGACUUUGUUUUGCCACGGACAGGCUGGGCUGCGUUGACCCAGGAGCUCGAACUGUCGAACCCGAGCAAGUGCGCGGGCUUUUACCAAGCCGGUUGGUGAAGUUUUCCCCGGGAUGGAAUAAGAUAUCUCUAUUUGCUCAUCUCACUGGGAAUGACAGUGCCCCGAGAGCUGGCAGUCGCCAUGACUUGAAAGCUUGGUCUUGGUUUCCAGCUAGCUCAUAAUGCGGAGGAGCCUUCCCAAACUAAGAUAUUGGAAUUCCCCCAAGUCGCGUCACGUUUGUCUCCCGUUUACGGUUGAGGAAGGACGGUGGCUUCUUGGUUUGGUUCUUUGUUCUCGAAUGUCCUGUUCUGACUUCUUCGGGUUGCCUUGUUUCACGGAGUUCGUACCCGCGUGGAUUGGAUUCUGUGAUCGUAAGGCGACUUGUCUUUGUAGGUAAAAGUUUCCAAAAGAUAGGAUCUUGAUGAGUUUUAGGGAGGAGAAUCCUAUCCAUUGUUUUAUUGAGUUCGACGAAGAUUAUGAUGAGAUUUUGGUCUUUCCUUGAAGAAGAUCCGUAAAAGUGGGAUUAAUCUUGAGUGCUCAACUCUGGUGUUGGAGUGGAUCAAGGGUUCAAGUUCUUGAGAAGUUCGCUGAUUCUGGUUCUGGAUAUGCAAUGAGAGAGAGAUUUUGAUGCCGUGGAAGUCGACAGCAAGCGUUGCUGAUGCUCCUCGUGAACUUUUCUGGAAGAGAUUAGAGGAUGUCUUGUUGAAGAUGGGGAAGAUAAAGAUGGCAGCUUUUUAUUACUCAUCGCCGCCGCCACCACCGCCAGUUGACGUAUCACCGCCAGAGUCUCAGCCUAGUGGCUAUUACAAUCCAUCACAACCUUCGAUCCCACCUCCUACUUCCAAUGCCGAUCCCCCUUCGCUGCCUCCACCGCCGCCACCUGCUUCUCAACCACCGAGUGCUCCAGUUGAUGCCUAUACUCCACCACCUGAACCAUUGUCACCUCCGCCACCGCCGGCCUCCUCUCCUCCGCCUCCGCCACAAACUCCGGAGUUGUAUCCGCCUCCCCCUUCUGCUGCCCCUCCUGCAGUUACGCCUCCGCCGCCAUUGUCACCUCCACCAGCCGCUAUCCCUCCUAUGUCACCGAUCUAUUACCAAUCACCGCCACCACCACCGCCAGCCUUACCAUCUCCUCCCCCUAAUUCUGCACCUGCAAGCCCAUUGGCACCACCACCUAAAGCUCCCUCCCCGCCUCCUCCUCCUCCUCCAUAUAUCAGCAAUUCGACCCCUCCUGUGCCUUCUUCAAUGCCCCCUAGAAGCCCACCGUCACUACCUUUACCUGCUCCAAUUAAGCCCAAUGUCCCGAGCUCAUCCAAUUCUUCAAAGCAUACAGGUUCUUCUCAUGGAAGCAGCAAUGCCCUGAAGAGUGCCGCGAACACUUCUGAAACUGUUGUAACAGUUGCAGUGGUAGCAGGUCUUGUGAUGCUUACUUUUGUUGGAGCAGCUGUGUGGCUUGUGAAGAAGCAUAAGAAGCCAUUUGCACCUACUGCAUAUCGUGGAAAUCUUGUUUUGGCUUCACCGGCAUCUUCACAUGCAUCAGAAUCAUCCCGUGCAAGAUCUCCAUCAUAUCCUCUCAUAAGACAUGGUUCCGAAGGAAGCUAUGGUUUCCAUUACUCACCAUCAGACCUAGGGUUAGGACACACAAAAUUGUGGUUUACAUUGGAAGAGCUAUCAAUCAUAACAAAUGACUUCUCAACUCAGAAUCUUUUAGGUGAAGGUGGAUGUGGUUGUGUAUACAAAGGACGGUUACGGGAUGGAAGAGAAGUGGCUGUGAAGCAGAUCAAAGUUGGUGGUGCACAGGGGGAGCGUGAAUUCAAAUCAGAAGUCGAAACUAUCAGUCGUGUACACCAUCGCCACCUGGUUUCACUUGUCGGGUACUGCGUUUCGGAGAAUCAGAGAUUGCUCGUCUAUGAUUAUGUGCCCAAUAGAACUCUUUAUUAUCAUCUUCAUGGGAAGGGAAUGCCGAUAAUGGAAUGGACUGUAAGGGUUAAGGUUGCUGUUGGGGCAGCUCGGGGAAUAGCAUAUCUUCAUGAAGAUUGCCAUCCACGGAUAAUCCACAGAGAUAUAAAGUCCUCAAAUAUUCUAUUAGAUUACAGUUUUGAAGCUCAGGUUUCUGAUUUUGGGCUUGCAAGGAUGGCUGUGGAUGCUAACGCACACGUGACCACAUGUGUAAUGGGCACAUUCGGAUAUCUGGCUCCAGAGUAUGCAACUAGUGGAAAGUUGACGUCUAAUUCAGAUGUGUAUUCUUUUGGUGUGGUUCUUUUAGAACUUAUUACAGGGCGGAAGCCUGUUGAUACAUCACAACCUGUCGGUGAUGAGAGUCUUGUUGAGUGGGCUCGACCAUUGCUAAUUCAAGCACUUGAAAAUGGAGAUUUUGGAGAUCUGCCAGAUCCUAGGCUCGAUGGUAACUAUAACAAAGAUGAGAUGUUUCGUAUGAUUGAAAUAGCAGCUGCUUGCACUCGGCAUUCAUCAACCAUGAGGCCUCGAAUGGGACAGGUGGUGAGAGCUCUCGAAAGCUUAGCCGAUUUAGACAUAAACAAUGGUGUCCGACCAGGCCAGAGUGAAGUCUUUGAUUCGUCGCAGCAGUCUGAAGAAAUCCGAAUGUUUCAGAAGAUGGGAUUUGCCAGCCAAGAACAUGACAGUGAUUACAGUCGAACUAACUGAGCCGACCAUGAGCAUUGUAUUCAUUUUUUUGCCCUUCAGUCAUGAUCUAUAUCAAUUUUUGAUGUAAUUAAUUUCACUUCGUAAUUGGAAUCAUACAAUUGGUUUCGCCAAUUCUUUGUUUAUUUCAAAACAAUCUUACACCUUUCCUGAACUGUUGAGGUUGUCUUUGUAAGAUCUUUUUGGCAGAACGCAUUCAGUAAACUGGCAAUUUGCCAGUGGUGAAUCACUUAGAACUAUUGCUUGA